AUGUCGUCCCAGACCUUGGGGAACCAGACCUCCUCUGGGGUCACAGAUGACUACUCCAACUGGUACAUCGAUGAGCCCCAGGGGGACCAGGAGCUCCAGCCAGAGGGAGUGGUGCCUGCCUGCCACCCCAGCGUGCUGUUGGGGCUUCUCCACGCCUGCCUGGCUGUGCUGUCGAUCCUUGUGCUGCUGCUGCUGGCUGUGCUCACGAGGGUGCGUCGGCCCCGGCCCUGCUGCGGGCUCGGCAGAUCUGGACAGCCCAGCCCCGUGGAUUUCCUGGCGGGGGACACAACCUGGACAGUGCCUGUGGCUGUCUUCGUGGUCCUCUUCAGCUCCUUGUGUUUGCUGUUCCCUGCAGAGGACCCGCUGCCCUUCCUGACCUUGGCUUCACCCCCCAGCCAAGAUGGAGAAACGGAGACUCCAAGAGGGCCUUGGAAGAUCCUCGCCCUGCUCUAUUACCCUGCCCUCUACUACCCUCUGGCCGCCUGUGCCACAGUCGAGCGCGGAGCCGCACACCUGCUCGGCGGCGUGCUGUCCUGGGCUCACUUCGGGGUCCAGAUCUGGCAGAGGGCACAGUGUCCUCAGACACCCAAGAUCUACAAGUACUACACCCUGCUGGCUUCCUUGCCUCUGCUUCUGGGCCUCGGAUUCCUGAGCCUUUGGUACCCGGUGCAGCUGGUGAGAAGUUUCCGGAACAUGGCAGGAGCAGGUUCUGAGGGGCUGCCAAGCCGCUACUGUGAGGAAUAUCUGAGGGCCCUCCUUUGCCGGAAGAAGCUGCGAAGCAGCUCCCACACCUCCAAGCAGGGCUUCCGAUCCUGGGCCUGGAUCUGUUACAGAAACUACAUCUAUACUCCACAGCGAGGAUUCCGACUCCCUCUGAAGCUGGUGCUUUCAGCCACCUUGACAGGGACAGCCAUCUAUCAGGUGGUCCUGCUACUGCUGGUGGGCGUGGUACCCACCAUCCAGAAGGUGAGGGCAGGGAUCAACACGGACGUCUCCUACCUACUGGCCGGCUUCGGGCUCGUGCUCUCAGAGGACAGGCAGGAGGUGGUGGGGCUCGUGAAGCAUCACCUGUGGGCUCUGGAAGUUUGCUACAUCUCGGCCUUGGUCCUGUCCUUCUCGCUCACCUCCCUCAUGCUGAUCCGCUCGCUGGUGACGCACAGGGCCAACCUUCAAGCUCUGUACCGAGGGGCUGCCCUGGACCUGGGCCCCCUACCCCAGGGUCCCCACCUCUCCCGCCAGGCCAUAUUCUGUUGGAUGAGCUUCAACGCCUACCAGACUGCCUUUACCUGCCUUGGACUCUUGGUGCAGCAGAUCGUCUUCUUCCUGGGGACCACGACCCUUGCCUUCCUGGUGUUCAUGCCUGUGCUCCAUGGCAGGAACCUCUUGCUUCUCCGAUCCCUGGAGUCCUCGUGGCCCUUCUGGCUGACCUUGGCCCUGGCUGUGGUCCUACAGAAAAUGGCAGCCCAGUGGGUCUUCCUGGAGACUCACCAUGGAUACCCAGAGCUUACUAACCGGCGAGUGCUCUAUGCAGCCACCUUCUUUCUCUUUCUCAUCAACGUGCUGGUGGGCGCCAUGGUGGCUGCCUGGCGUGUGCUUCUCUCUGCUGUCUACAAUGCUGUCCACCUUGGCCAGAUGGAUCUCAGCCUGCUGCCACCUCGGGCAGCCACUCUCGACCCCGGCUAUCACACAUACUGCGGCUUCCUGAAGAUCGAGGCCAGCCAGUCGCACCCGGCUACCACGGCUUUCUGUGCCCUGCUUCUGCAGACCCAGCGGCCUCGUCUUCCCCGGGUCCCCCAGGAUGGCCUCACACAGGGGCAGGAAGAAGAAGGGAUGCAGCUGCUGCAGACCAAGGACGCCAUGGCCAGGGGAGCAGGGCCCAGGGCCCGUCAAGGCAGGGCCCGCUGGGGGCUGGCCUACACGCUUCUGCACAAUCCUGCCCUGCAGGCCUUCCGGAAGAGGGCCCUGUCAGGGGCCUAG